AUGGUUCUCGACUAUAGCAAAUGGGAUGCCCUGGAGCUCUCAGAUGAUUCGGAUAUCGAAGUGCAUCCCAAUGUCGACAAACGAUCCUUCAUCCGCGCAAAACAGCACCAGAUCCACCAGCAGCGCAUUCAGCGCCAUCAGGAAAUCGAAAACCUGAAAUACUCUCGCAUCAUAAAUGACGGACUGUUGAAGCGCAUUGACGCUCUCAUAGCAUCACUCAAGAGCCAUGAAGACAGUUCCAGAAACCCGGAUGAGCUUAUUUUCCAGGCCCUGAUCGAGUCCGCUGGCGACCCUAACGAAGACAGUCCUCCGCCACCUCCCGAAGGCGUAUUGACGCACGAAAAGGAACAGCCUAAAUACUCGCAAAUGAUGGGGUCACUAGUAGACCAGGUGAAGAAAGAGCUGGAUGAGUCCAAACCGGAAAAUCGGUUUCAAGAAUACAUCAAGGGUGUGGAGCAGCAUAAGACCAAAGUUUUGGGGUUGCAGCAGCAGUUAUUAGAGAAACUAGCUUCUCUGGAGAAAGAGGAGGCCAAAAAAAUUACCAGCGAGAGCAUACACACCGGCUUUGACAGAACCUUAGUUAACCGGCCGAAACCCGAGCAGAAGAAAACGGAGACUACUAGUUCGGUGGAACUUCUGAAUCCGGGUGCGGCCAAGAGCGUCAAUGAGGCGGACGUAGGCUCCUCUGGGGCCGAAGUCGACAUUGAAGAUGAGGAAGAGGAAGAUAAAAUCAAGGUAACACCGCUGGCUAAACAAUUUGCCAAAUUCAAAAUCGGUGACUACAAAAGUUGCCUGCAAUUUAUCGGCGAUCACCCGGAGAUCGUAACUGAGCGCAAGACGGAUGAGCUACUUAUCGAGGGAUUCGACGCCCAGCUAUCCGGGAACGAAGAAUACGCCCGCCAAUGUGUGCAUCAAGGCUUACUGCUUCAAUACUGCCGAUCUCUCGGCCGUGACGGCGUGAGCCUCUUCUUCAAGCGCAUAACCUCAAGGGACCACAAAGCCUCCAUACUCUUCCACAACGAUGUUACCGAAACAUACGGCAAGAUGAAAACGCGCGCCGCAGAGCUCGCCAAGAACUCCGCCGGUAAUCCUGUAGAGGUCGAGCAAAUCCAACUCCACGCCGUCGAUCCGAAUACGAAGCUCAACAUCAAAAUCCCCUCGCCGGAAGACACUAAUCCGGACUCUGUCGCGGCGAUGGAAACCUUCAAGAGCUUCCCGCCGAACCUGCAGCGGGCGCUCAAAUCUGAGAGCCUUGAUGAGGUUAAUAAGUGGACAAGCUGGGGUCCAGUGGGAUUUUGA